AUGACAGAAGCUAACACAGAAUCCCAGAAGGAGAUCAUGGUCCGGCUUGAGCUGAUGCUGGAGCAGGAGGAGAUCCACUGGAUAAAAAAGAAGCAGGGGAAGAAAGGUCUAUGUGCUGGAAAACUGGAUAUGCAUAAGGCUUAUGAUAGAGUUGAGUGGGGCUUUCUGGAGAAAAUUAUGCUGAAGAUGGGUUUUGAUAGAAGAUGGGUUUCUUUAAUCAUGGCUUGUGUGAAAUCUGUAAGAUAUAAGGUGAGAGUGAAUGCUAGUGAGACAGGUCUAUCAAGUCUGCUGAAAGGUGCUGAAAAUAGAGCUGAUAACAAUAAUGCUGAAGUACUAAAGGAUCUGCUUGCUAGAUAUUGUGCAAACUCGGGGCAAAAGAUCAGUGAUGCUAAAUCAAGUAUCUUUUUUAGCCCGAAUACUGAUGUAGAUACAAAAGCUGAAGUUUGUGAAACACUGAAUAUUUUGACGGAGUCCUUAACUGAUAAGUAUCUGGGGCUACCAGCUUUGGUUGGAGUAGACAGAAGUGAUUGCUUCCAGUACUUGGUGGAUAGGGUGAGGGGAAAAACAAAAGAUCAGCAUCAGCUAGGGACGACGGCGGCUGGGGGUUUCGGCUGCUGCAUGCGCCUGCCGGCCGGGGUCGUCGUCGUUGCCACCCACGCGCUCGCGACCGUACGUCGUCGUGGCGCGGCCGGCCAGCCCAUGUGA